AUGGCCGUCGCCGUCGCCGCCGCGCAGGCCCUCAUCCGUACCAUACGCGGCCGCUCCGACGCCGCCCCCUCCUCCUCCUCCCGUCAACCCUUGCCGUCACCGCCUCCCGGGCCCCUUGCCCUUCCCUGCGGCAUCAUCCUCGAAGCUCAUCACGGCCUCGGCCCCUCCCCUUCCCGCCGCCGCCCACGUCGCACAUCCUCCCCCUCCCCCGUCCGAACACCACCACCUUCGGAACCGCCUCUCGACGACACCCUCCCACCCUCGCUCGCCACCGCCCUCAUCGGCCUCGUUGCCGCCUCCCACCGCACCUGCCACGACGCGCAGGACAUCAACGUCGCCCCGCGCGGCGCCACCGCCGGCCUGCGCGCCCUCCGCGCCAGCCUCACCUCGCUCAAACUCACCGUCCAGCUCGCCUACAAGUGGCUGCGCCGCGUCGAGGCCGCCCCCGAUCUGCUGCCGCACCCGGACCGGCGCGCCCUUGUCGACGUCGACGCCGUCGUCGUACUCCUCGCCGAGGCCAUCUCCUCCGUCUCCGUUGCUGGCGACUCGCUGGUCGACGUGGUCCGGGACGCCGCCGCGGCCGCCGCGCGCAUCUCCGACGUGGCCGCGGCCCACGCGCCGGUCCUCCUCGCCGCGAGCGAGCGCAUCGACCGCGUGGAGCACCUCCUCUCCAAGCUCCUCACCAUCCUCCAAAUAAGCUCCCUCGCCGAGGCCCUCCGCGCCCGAUCCGCCAUCGACGCCGCCAUCCCCCUCAUCCUCGGCGACGACCCCCACCUCGCCGCCUCCGUCCGCUGCCUACCCGACUCCUUCCACGUCGCGCCCGCCUGUCUCGACCGCCCGCCCCCCGGCUACAGCGUGCCCUCCCCGGCCGACGACGACGCGCCGCCCGACUACAGCGCCGCCACCACCAACACCGACGGCUCCGUCACCAUCCGCCCGACCGGCUGGUCCGCCGCGUUCGCCGGCCUCACGCUCUCCGACCUCCCCGCGCUGUCGCGCGUACCGCUGCCCGUCGCCGUCGCUGGGCUGCGCUACGGCGAGGAGCUGUACGGCGAGCAGUUCGCGCGCGCCGUCGGGCCGGCGCUCGCGGAGCUCAUGGAGCGCCCGGGCGGGGCCAAGGCCGCCCGGCUCGCGGCCAUCCUGGGCUCCCGCUCGGAGGGCGUCGCCAUGACGGACGAGGACAACUUUGCCCGCCGCGUCGGCCGGGAGUUGGAGGAUGGGCGCGCGCGGACACGAGAGCAACCACAGCCGUAUUUAUUCAGUGAAUCUCAAGUGUCUACUCAUGUGGAGGAGUCUUCGUUAGCGGCCUAG